AUGUGGCAGCAACAGCCGCGGACUGCGGCCUUCACGAGUGGAGAUGGCCACGACAAUCUUGUCUCCGACAUUGUCUUUCCGGGACACAGUGGUGUACUGAAUAACUCGCCCCAUGACGUCACGCUCCCAAAGAAGAAAGACACAUGCACCACGGAGUAUGCCGCCAUCAGAGGACAUACCAUGUGUCUGCAAGACAACUCGGAAGUGACGUCAUACGGUGUUGCUGCGCAAGACCGGGAGGACAUCGUGACUCUCCACAAUGAACUGAGAGGCAGAGUAGAACCGCCCGCUACUGAUCUUGGAAAACUUGUCUGGGAUUCCAAGCUGGCAGCUGUGUCGGAAAAAUGGGCGCGGCAGUGCAAGAUGGAACACGACAACAUGAAAAGCAUACCCGAAUAUGGACUUGAGGUUGGACAAAACAUUGCAGGAGGGUAUUUGAACUGGCGGACCGCCAUUAUGGCGUGGUAUAACGAAGUAAGCUUGUAUCGAUUUGGCCAGAACCCGAAUGGCUACUUGGGCAGAGAUGGAUGGAAAAAGAUCGGGCACUACACACAGAUUGUUCAGAACGUCACGUUCCUAAUAGGAUGUGGCUAUGCCCAUUGCCCCAACACGAAAUUUGGAAGAUACUACGUUUGCAAUUAUGGAUCAGGCCAAAACCGAAUUUCCAAGCCUUACACGAGAGGAACAAGAUGCAGUUCCUGUCCAAACACUUGUAAGGAUGGACUUUGUGACUGCGGAGGGAAGGCUUGUUUCAAUGGAGGAUAUUUAGACACAAACACAUGUACUUGCACGUGUCAGCAGCCGUACUCGGGCCCAACGUGCCAGCAGUUGAACUGUCCACCGAAAGAUUCGUUUUACUGUGGGCGUAGCCUAGUCCCAAAGGAUUGCAGGACAUAUUACAACGUACCCCAACUGUGCCCCUACAUGUGUGGGAUAUGUGGAUCACCUUCCUCAAAUACCACAGCUGCUUCAGCAGCAGCUGUCCGCAUCACUCCGUCGGACCAAGCAUCCCCAGUGCAACCAACAGCUGUAGUACAGCCAUCUUCAGGGGAAUUCACCUCAGCGUUUGGCUGUGUCUACGCAGGAAACAGAGCAUCUAAAGCGGAGUGUCGAGAGUAUGGGGACGAUGGUAACGAUAUGUCGCUGUGUGCCAGUAUGGGCGGGAGUCAGAUCACUUGUGAUCACUGCCAGCAGUUCUACAACAUCAAGACAGACUACUGCCCCGUAAUGUGUGGGCUCUGUGAUGCACCAUGCGGGGGAAAGGAAUGUUUGAAUGGUGGACGUUUGGAUACAGACACGUGCAAAUGCACAUGCAAAACGCCAUAUGCCGGAACGACAUGCCAGACUGCCAACUGCCCAGCAAAGGACCCGUUUCACUGCACCCUCUACCGGCUGUCCUACUGCCAACUGUACGUCAACGUACCGUCUGAAUGUCCCUUUCUGUGUGGUAUUUGCUGAGAUGUUUAGUACGAGUGAACUUCAGAAUGAGGCACGGCAUGGCUGGGUGUUUACAUCGUCGUCUCAACAACACAUGCUCUGAUGGUCGGUCAAAACGCAUGAUGUGUUGCAAAACGUGUCUUAGGUAAUAUUUGUGGCAACAUAUUUUUGUUAGAAACUCAUUGCUAGAACUCAUCACUUGAGCUAGAGAUGAAAUGGAUCCACAAUGUUUGGAUUUUUACAGAUUUUCAAUAUACGUUUCGUGUCGGAAAAUAUUGAUAUAAAUGUGGCAGAUGGUUUUAUGUAAUCUUAUCCUUCAAGAUAGUUGGGGUUUUUAAAUGUUGUCUGAGCAUUUGAUAGCAAUCAAUGUUUGUUUGUACUUUUAUGUGUCGUUUUGUGUGCAGCAUGUGCACUCCAUCACUGACUAUCAGCUGAUUUCAGUCGUUUAUUCAUAUUUCGCACAGACGACGAUCUCUUUCUUGUGUAUCGAUGUCGUAGACGCCACCGCCUUACUUACUCAACGUCCUGCGGACAUAUCCUUGGGCAGUAGUUCUGGACAAUGGUAGCUAAUGUCCAGUGAACUAGAAUAGUCAGUACAAGGAAUUAAUGUCAAAGGACAACUCACUACAAUUGAUCAUUAUCCUACACGAGGAACUAAUGUCCAGUCAGUGUCCAGCACAAAUUGUCCUAUCAGUGUCGAGUACACAAUGUUCUUUCAGCGUCUGGUACACAAUGUCCUAUCAUCGUGCUGUACACGAAGUCCUAACAGCGUACACCAUACAAUGUCCUAUCGGUGUACACCAUGUCCUAUCAGUGUCGAGUACACCAUGUUCUAUCGGUGUGGAGUACACCAUGGCCUUGUCCUAUCAGUGUCGAAU